AGUGAAGAUGAAGAAGCUUGGGUCUAGGUUGUCCUGUUUUUUUAGUUUGUUUGAUUGAAUUUUAGUUAUGACUUGGCAUAGAACUUGUACUUGGAGUUUGUUUAUGCAGGAGUUUAUGUAAUUGAAGCUAGUUUAAUCAUACUCCGGUGUUAUUGACUUGUUAGUACCGAGAAUAAGCACACAUUACAAGUGUACGUGGUGUUAUUAUUUAGGGCUGCCGAAUUUGAGUGCAGAUAAAUAUGUUUGGUCUUUUAUUAGUUCAGUUUUACGAAAUCUGCAGGCAGUGAUCGGGUAAUUAGUUCUAAAAUUAUUUUCUAUAAGGUUUAAGAAUAUGUUAGACUUAAGGAGGGAGAAUUACUGGAAUCUAUUGAGUCCAAAGAUUUCAACCGACACAAUUCGGAAUGUGAUGGACAUGAAGGCAAACAUGGGUUCAUUCGGAGCUGCUUUGAAGAACAAGGAUGUGUGGGUGAUGAAUAUCAUCUCUGAAGAGGGACCAAACACUCUUAAGUUGGUCUAUGACAGAGGCCUGAUCGGCUCAAUUCAUAAUUGGUGUGAAGCCUACUCAACAUACCCCAGAACUUAUGACCUUCUCCAUGCCGGGACUGUGUUUUCGGACAUUGAGAAGAAAGGCUGUAGUGGUGAAGAUCUUCUAAUUGAGAUGGAUCGCAUCCUCAGGCCAACUGGUUUUAUAAAUAUCAGGGAUAAACAGCAUGUUAUUGAUUUUGUUAAGAAGUAUCUAACAGCAUUGCACUGGGAAGCAGUGACAGCUGCAGAUACCUCUACAGAGGUGGACCAAGACGGAGAUGACAUUGUAUUUAUUGUCCAGAAGAAAUUGUGGCUCACAACCGAGAGCCUUCGAACUACAGAGUAAGGGAAAAUGAUCCAACUCGAUGUUCAUGCUAUACUCGGAGGCCUGACAAGCAGAUCAGAAGGUUAUAUGGGAUUAUUGAAUUUAAUUUUGUAGCAUUACACAACAUUUGUUGUUUCAUUACUGCCUUUUGUUUUAUUCAUUACAAACUUCUGAGAUAGAUGAUAAAUUAUUGUCCACACCAGCGACUAUAGGUGAUUCUUCAUUGUUUACAAAAAAGAAAAGAAAAGGAGAGAGUGAAUGGGUAUGA